CUGGCUGUUCCUGGCCGUCGGACUGAGUGAAAGGAGCAGGGCGAAGGACCGACCCCUGGAGAGGGAGAGAACUAAUGCAAUACUGUACCUAUCUCCGCCACUGAAUCCUUUUCAAUCCAGGAUCAUCCUGAAAUUUUCUCCCCCAUCCUCCUGACAUCAUAUCAGCGGAUUCCUUCAUCUCCAACACUGAGACACGCUUCCUUGAGUUGUGUGAGCAUCUCCCCAAUUAGUGUUCAUGAUCAACUAGUGACCGGCUAUCCUGGUUUUGGGGGAUCUGCAUCAUGUUAUACUGGAGUAGAGUUGUGGGGAGCUGCUUCAUAGGGUUUCUAUUUCUUGUACUAUGGGGCAGGCAGCAUCUGCAUUCAACUCUAGCUCAAGGUCACCUGCCGCAAGAUUUUGAAGUCACUGAGGGUCAUCGACCGAACAUUCGUCUAGAUAAGAACCUUGUUCAAGACAAAGAUCAUAUUAUGGAGCAUUUAGAUGGUGUGAUAGACAAACCAGAAUCUGAGAUGACGCCACAAGAACUUCAACUUCAUUACUUCAAAAUGCAUGAUUAUGAUGGGAAUAAUCUUCUCGAUGGAUUGGAAUUAAUAUCAGCCAUUACACAUGUACACAAAGAGGAAAGUGGUGGCCAAGGACAGCCCAUGAGUGAACAAGAAAUUGUUAGUUUAAUUGAUGACGUUUUAAAAGAUGAUGACAAGAAUAAUGAUGGAUACAUUGAUUAUGCUGAGUUUGCAAAGUCACUAGAGUAAAAAGGAUGCACGAACGUGGAGUUAUAUUUCCCAUUUUCUGACAACCAUAGGGGAAGCAAUUAAAUAUAUUUUUUAUUAUUGGUGAAGGUCAGUUAACUUUAUUUCCUUUACAACUGAGCCAAUACUAGUUUACCAGUCUCUACAACCGAAAGAUUUUAACUUGUGUACAGAAUUGCAAACUGAUGUUUUUAAACUUUCACUGGAUAUAAACAUUUUUGUGCAAUUUAAAAAUGAAACUUCUACAAGAGUAGUGUUAAUGUUAUCCAUUAUUUCAAUAUUGUGAAAUUUUUCAUUGGAGACAUACUGUAAAUAAAACAGUAACUCAUGUUGACAUUAGAUCAUCGCAAUGUGAAAUGAUUUGUAUUUUAAAGUUAUCACUUUGUUACUUAAGUCAGAAUUGCUUCUAACUGUAUAGGGCAAAUCAAUAAAUUAGAAAAAGACCAGUUCUUGAACUGUUAAAUAUCUUCAUUUCUAAUGUCAGUUUUGCCUCAAAACCUGCAAUUUAAAUGUAGGUAAUCAAUAAAUGCACUAGUUAUAUUGUAUUACUGUACAUAUCAAUUUGUAUAUGAUAGUGUUUGUGGGAUAAGCCUUUUAAAAUGUAGGAUCUUCUAGUUUCAGGAGUCAGUGAUGUAGUGUAACAUUAUAGCUAAGUAACCUUGCUGUUAACCUACUUGUGUUGAAUAUGACUUUUUAAACUGUUCAAGGGCCAGCAGUGGCAUGCUUUUGAUACCGUUUGAUAUUGUAGGACAUAUUUGUACUGAUCAUGCUUCACCCUCAGUUCCUAGUUUUUGCUGAUCUGUCAGAAGAAGCAGAAUGAAGAUUAUAUGCUCCUGACUGAGUUUAAUCAGUUCUGUGGUAUUUGGAAUAUAGAAUGUCCAGUGUUUGUUUGAAAGUUAUGUUUACAAAAACAUUUAGUAGUGGCUUUAUCAUUUUGUCUAUAAAAUGUAUUAGUUUUAAAAUUUGGCUUAUUGAUAAGAUUGAGUAUUAUUAAUAUAUUGGAAACUGUUCACAUUCUCAUGAGCCAUCUUUAGCACUGCACCUUUUUAACUGGUGAAGGGAGCAGUGGUUGGCAACUUUAACAAAUUCCAGCCUUGAAAUUAUGCUGUUUGCACUGGUGUACAGACACUUGGUGUAUUGUUAUGGCAUUUUAUCUAUAAUAAGUGUUAAAAUAGUCAUGAAUAUCAUACUGAUGUAGUGUUCAUGUAAUGUUCAUACACCACAACUUCAGGACCUCAUGGGAAAUUUAUGUAGAAGUGGAAUUCUGCUUUGAGACUUCUGUGUAUAUAUAUAUGUAGUGGAUAAAAGAUAUUUUAACUGCA